UGUGGGCGGGGCUCUGUUUAGCCCCGCCCCCGCGGGGGCGUGUUUCCAGCGGGAUCGUUGCCGCGGGGCCGCCAUGUCGCGGCUGCACCGGAGCCGCAUCGCCGACUUCCAGGAGGUGCUCGGCGAGCCCACGGUGGCCCUGGCCAAGCUCCGCGAUCUCUGCUUCAGCGGGAUUCCCUUCGAUGGGGGGCUGCGCUGCCUCUGCUGGAAGAUACUCCUGAACUACCUCCCUUUAGAGAAAGCCUUAUGGAGCUCUUUGCUGAAGAAGCAGAGGGAUCUGUAUUCCCAGUUCCUAAAAGAAAUGAUCAUCCAGCCUGGGAUCGCCAAAGCCAACCUGGGUGUUUCAAGGGAGGAUGUGACCUUAGAAGAUCACCCCCUCAAUCCAAACCCAGACAGUCGAUGGAAUACUUACUUCAAGGAUAAUGAAGUGCUUCUCCAGAUAGACAAAGAUGUCAGGAGGCUGUACCCUGACAUGGCGUUCUUCCAGCGCCCAACGGAUUACCCCUGCCUGUUGAUCCUGGACCCCCAAAACGAGUUUGAGACGCUGCGCAAGCGGGUGGAGCAGACCACGCUCAAGUCGCAGACGGUGGCACGAAACCGCAGUGGGGUUACAAAUGUGAGCUCCCCUCUUAAAACAUCUCCUAAUUCUCUGAGUGAGUACGAAGUUCUGCCCAACGGCUGCGAAGCUCACUGGGAAGUGGUGGAGCGAAUCCUUUUCAUCUAUGCCAAGCUGAACCCCGGGAUAGCGUAUGUUCAGGGGAUGAAUGAAAUAGUGGGGCCUCUUUACUAUACCUUUGCUACAGAUCCUAACAGUGAGUGGAGAGAACAUGCUGAAGCUGACACAUUUUUCUGCUUUACCAACCUAAUGGCCGAAAUUCGGGACAACUUCAUUAAGAGCUUGGAUGAUUCUCAGUGUGGUAUAACCUACAAAAUGGAGAAGGUCUACUCCACCCUGAAGGAAAAAGACGUGGAGCUGUAUUUGAAACUGCAAGAACAGAACAUCAAACCCCAGUUCUUUGCCUUCCGCUGGCUGAUGCUGCUCUUGUCCCAAGAGUUUCUGCUGCCAGAUGUCAUCCGUAUCUGGGACUCCCUCUUUGCUGAUGAAAAGCGCUUCGAUUUUCUUCUCCUCGUCUGUUGUGCCAUGUUGACACUAAUCCGGGAUCAGUUGCUGGAAGGAGACUUCACUUUGAAUAUGAGGCUGCUACAGGAUUAUCCUAUCUCUGAUGUUCACCUGAUUUUGACGAAGGCAAAGGAACUUCAAGAUUCCAAAUAGUCCAUGAGCUUAACAAAAGGUGUUGGAGAAACUGUAUGGCAGUGGAUCCUAGGAGAUGCCCCUGUGAAGUGUGGCGCAUUAAAACUCCUAGCGGUCUCUGCAGGACUUCAGGUUUUGCAUUUGGGCUACUGGCCACCUUGAAGACUUCCUUCUACUCUAUUUAUUAGGUCAAGAACUGAUUACUUCCCCAUCUGCUUGGGUCCUGCACUCCAGAUUUCUCAAACUUCAAAUGCCUCUGUGCUGCCAAAAGCAGUUCUUUGUAUCUUUUUUAAUGACUUUGAGUGGAGAAGGAAACCAUCUGUCAGCAUAUCCCUCAAGAGGUGGACUCCUGCAUCAAGAAGGUAGCUCAUGUGGAAUAACUUCUGAUGGGGAAGGGACAGGCUGGAUCCAGUGGAUUUUGGUGGGUGAGUAUAGAAGGAUCUUUCUCCUGUGAAUAGAAUGUAUCCCAACGAAGUCACACACCCUGCUAUUCAAGUAGCUUCUGGAUUCUUCUCCCUCGUGUCUGCACUUAGCCAUCCCUGGGGUGUGCAAAAAAACAAAAGAUUGCAUCAGCUUCUGGUGAGUGUGGCAUCGAGCAGUUUGGACCCCUUCAUGUGGGAAAGAGAUCUGGAGAAGCUGGGAUGAGAAGACAUCACUACAGCUGCCAGCUUUGUGCACCGAAACUGUCUGAACCCAGAAUGGCCUUACCAAGAAGGUCUCCUUGAAAGCAAGGCUGCAGUGGUUUUAAUCGAUGAGUGAAGUGUAGCUUGAAGUCAAGCCUUACUACGCACAGCCUUAGAGCAGGAGCUUGUUGCCGCAGGGAGGCUGAGGCCUCAAGCUGCUUUCCUGUCUCUGAACUGGGGCAUAUCCAGCUACAAUCAGGAUUCCGAAACACAAGAAACAAGCAUCUAGUUGCAUGAAGACAGCUAUAUGUAGGGACUUAUACAGGCACGGCAGUGGGGUUUACUGCCUCAGUGGCUUGCACAGUAUUACCCCGCAUAAGCUCUGGUCAUGGUAACCUUGGUAUUGUCUCAUAGCACUUCUUGCCAAGAAGGGACACGUUACAGGUCUGAGCUACAAGUAAGAGUCCUUUUCCGGUGCAAUCCAGUGGGCAUACAAGCAUUUCAGUCGUUAGCUGACUCCUGGGGCUGAUCCACAUCCUCUGUACCAGUCCUGUUGGAGUGACAGUCAUGAGCUGGACGCUUGUCCCUCCUGAGAGGGAAGCUGCUUCGUUUUGAAUAUUGUAGAGCAGGCUUAGGUGAACAUCGACGAAGACAAGCUAUGGAAAGAACUGCUAACCUGCCAGCGGUGUCAAGCUGAUCAGGAACCAUAACCUCAAAGGGAGAAACUGCCAGCACCCAGGUGCUUGGGUUGUGCAGAAGCUCUUGAGUGAAUGCUAAUCCGGCAUGCUUUACACUCUUUCUGUGCUGUGCUGGCUCACCCCUGCACAGCUAUUUGACACUGCGAUUUUCGGUAUUUAUGGGUAUUGAUUUGUUAAAGGUCGGUCAUCUUUCUAAGAGCUGCUUAAGCUGCUGAUGGCCUAGAACGGCCCUACCAAGAGGGAUGUUGUCAGCCUUUAGCUGUUUUACUAGUGUUACUUCCUUCACUGAAGGCCAGUUCUUUGCAGGUAACUGUAAUUCUCGUAAGGCUGUGUGGGGAGACUGGCAGACAGGUUGAUGCACGUCCCUAUGUUCUUGUUAGCAAUCCCAAGCAAUCUCUCUGCCUCUUUAGAAGAUGCUCGAGUGACACUGGUGCAGCCAGGUGUUGCUGCUGUGGUGGACCAUGAGCAACUGAAGGCUUAAAACAAUCUAAUUAAUACCUGUGGCUAACAGCAUUCCUCUUUGCUGCAGUCCUUUUAGAGGGUAGAGUUUUCCUCCGAGAAAAAUGGAACUGAAGGACCAGGACAGCUGUGUGAUGGAGCAUUGUGUCAGCUCUAGCAACUGGAUGGAUAUUCUUCCUGCCUUUAUCACUGCGCUGUUCUAGGUGGUCUCAGCUGCUGGGUACCUGCACUACAGAGGCCGGUUGUCAGACCUCACGUGGCCAAACUGCUAGAUGGUAGCCACGAAUGUGGAACCGGAGGGUCAGACUCUUAGCAGAGUUGGACCUCCUCCAAAACACUCUUCUGAAUAUUGCUGUAGCUCUCAUACCUUCCAUGCACAAUCUCCCUGUAUGCCUGUGCCGGCCAUUUUGGGUCCCCCUUGCAAGUGCUUACUGUGUGGUUUCUCACUGGUAACAGCAGCUUCCGUGAGGGUUCCUGCUCUGAAAGCUGAGGGUCUCCUUAAAAUCUCAGAAGGCAGCAGGCAAAUGAGGAUCAAAACAUUCCUUGUGGAUGAACUCCUUGUUUUCAGAGUCACAUCUGGGCCCUGAGGUUGGCCUCCACUGCAUUGGGGUCAGCCAGCUCAGAGCCAUGUGUGGGGCUGGAGCAUUGCAAACGCUUGAGGAAGACACCGUGGAGGUGGUUACUGGAGCACCAGUGUCUGCUGCUGGCUGGUACAGGUGUCGUGCUGUCUCUUCCCUUCCUAGGUGUCCAAGGGCUUAUUAUGCUGUUUUAUUUCUCUUCAGGGGGUGAUGGUGAACACUUAAAAGGAGUUUGCAGUGGUUUAAAGGGAUGAGAUGAGAGCUUUGGCUGCUGGAAAGGUUCUCUGGGAUAAAUUCAAUAGCUUUAUCCAGACAAGCCUAUGGCUGCUAAACUAGUUAAUUUGAGUUCUUCUUUGGGGAAAACUUUUAACAACUUUGAUACACCCAGGCAGGCUGGUUCCUACAUGAAAAGCUGUUUUAUGUCCCUCCUUCUCCCUCUGCUGUGUGGCAGGACUUUGUUCUGCUGCUGGAAAGGGCUUUGAAGGGAGUUGUUCUACUUUUCAAUGACUUGGGCCAUCCAUUUCUUUAUUCCAAGACUUGCCCCUUUCUUUAAGAGCAAAAAUGGAUUUUCUGAGGGGAGAAAAAGUCUUGUUCCCAGCUUUUGAAUCACCUCAUUAGUUUCCGUGUAUUCAUUCCUCAAAGGCUGUUUGAUGAUUUUAAUUUAUUUUUUUUUUGAGGUCAGAUAGCAUUAACUAGCUUAUGGUUGUUCCUGGCUUGUGUGGCCAAGUAGCACUUGUGCCAUCCUGGGGAUAUUUCCUCCUCUGACUUCUUUCAGUCUGAAGGUGCUGCAGGAGCAGUUCUUUGGGUCAGAAGGUGGGAGUCCGGGGUGCCUUGAGGGUGCCUUGCUUCAUAGGGGCCUGAACAGGGGAUGUUUAAAUAGCUCUUAGGAAGCGUUCCUCACAGGUGGCACUGCUGCUGGGUGGGAUGAGAGGAUCUUCAACUAGGAGGAAAAUUAGGGUGCUACGGUGGAUGUGGGGACCUGAGCCUUCCCUGGGAGGAGGAGGUCCAGGACCUUCACCAUGCUGCAGUUCAGGCUCCUGGGAACUUUGUGUCUUUGCCAGUGAGGUAGAAGGACCGGGAUACCGGAGAUGAAGUUGUUGAUGAUGGUUGUGCAGAAUGAUUGAGUUUGAAUUCUGGGACCUCACGGGGAAUUAUUCAUGCUUCGGCAGUGAGUGGGAUAAAGGCCAGGAGCUGACUGGGGGCAGUCUGGGGUGUUUGGGAGAGCAGAGGCUGUCUCCCUUAGUGAGGGUCAGUGACUGUUCUCGGGGCCCUCUCCUACACUGCCCUUCCCCAGGAAGAGAGGAACGCACCUGGCAGUUUGUCAAAUAACACUUUUUUUUUUUUUUUCCUUUACCUUGUCUGGAAAGAAUUGCCAGAACAGGGUGCAGAGAACACUUCAUCACUCUAAAACUACUUCUUUUAUGCUUCUUUUUAAACACUAUUUUUAUAACACUUCCUUUAGUGAGACGGGGGGAGGAGGCUUUGUGCUGCCACCCGUCACUGGGCGAGGCCGUGCCGGGCGGCAGCAGGAGCUCCAUGUGGCGGGGCUGCUGCUGCCCCUUGUCCUCGUACCGCCCGUGGCCGGGCCCAGCGCCGCGCUGCGUCCCAAUAAAGUGAUUUCUUUGCA